AUGAGAGACGCAGACACAAAAUGCGCCAGCUCCUGGGCGCGUGGGUCUCGCCACGAAAACUUUCUCACCCACUUUUCGCCAAUUUUUCAUAGUUUUCUAUCAUUCUGUCUUCUGUUUCGCUCGAAAAUGGACGCUGCCAAAAAUAUCAAUAAAGCCACCGAACAGCUAAAACAAUCGUUUUCUACCGAGAACUGGGAGAAUGUCAACAAACUUCGGACAGGAUUAUCCGAAAUGACUGAGAGACUCGAGAAGUGUGACAAAACUACAAAGGAACAUGAUGCUAUUUCUGAAGCUGUCAAACGAGCAGGCACUGUUCAAUACAUGUUUGAUAUUGGGAAUCGGAAGCUCGAUGAGAAGCCGUGCUUUUUGGUUGGCAAUAUUCCAUCUGCGCUCACGAGUAAGACGAGGGAUUUUGACCUGAUCAAUCAUUCGUCCAAGGGGCGCACUUACUGACCCCCCCCCCUUUUUCACUCGUUUUUCUCAUUUUAACUUGAGCAUCGAUUCUCUUUAGUUUUCCUCUGUUUUUCGAACAAAUUUUGUCGAAUUUUAAUGAAAUGUUCAUAAAUAAAAUGUAAAAUAAUCGAUUAUUUCACAAAUUUGUCGAAAUUUCGGCUUUUAUCGUCAUGAAAAAUCACUUUUCCGUAAUAAUUAUAGAAAUUGACGAUUUUGCCAUUUUUUCAAGCCUUUUUAAAACUUUUUCGAGUCUAAUAUUCGCACAAUUUGAUCGAUUUAGCAGAAAAUAAAAAUAAAAAAUUAUGUUUCA